AUGCCAUUUUACUUGGAACCUGUGUGGAGAAGAUGGAAUGAUGAAAUGAAUAUAAUCAAUGAAAAAGACAUUGAUUAUGUGGAAGAACGGCUAAAUUACCAGGUUGUGUUUUUGCCAGAUGCAUACAAUCACAGGAAGUACAACAUCCUGGCUUACCUAAAGCAUCUUAAAGGAGACCAUGAUGAAGCCUUGCUCCAGCUGCAAAAAGCAGAAUCAGGAAUACCAGCGUCCAGCACAUCUGAAGACACAGACGUGAAGAGAGUUGUAAUGUAUGGUAAUUUUGCCUGGGUUUAUUACCACCAGAACCAGGUUGACAAGGGUUUCACCUAUGCUGAAAAGGUGCAGACCAUUUUACAGAAAUAUGAGUCUCCUGCAAUGCAAAAAACUCUUCUGUUAGACAUAUAUGGUGAACAAGGCUGGACUUAUAUGUCAUUUACAGGAAAUUACUAUCAACGGGCUGCUGAGUGCUUUGAAAAAGCUCUGGAACUCGACCCAGAAGAUCCAGAAUUGAAUUCAGGCUAUGCCCUCGCUGUGUAUAGAAUGGAAGGUUUUGCUUUCCUCAGUAAACCAUCUUACAAAUCUGUUCCACUCUUGGAACGAGCUGUUCAAUUCAAUCCCAGUGAUACAGUGGUGAAGGUUCUCCUUGCUUUGAAAUAUCUAGAUCUGAAGAACUAUAGACAAGCAACUAUGUUAAUAGAACAAGCUCUACUAGAACAACCUGAAAACCCAUAUGUCCUUCGAUAUGUGGCAAUGUUUUACAAAAGAAGUGGAAAUACUGUAAAAGCUAUUGAAGUGUUUAAGAAGGUAGAUAGUUUAACUCCAAAUACCUGUGCUAUUCAUUAUCAGCUUGCCAAGUGUUACAAAAUAUUUAUUUAUAAACACAGAGGAUUAGACGGUCAGCCAAAUGGUGAAGCCAUUUCAAAUGCCAUGUUUCACUCUAAAAAGGCUGUCGAGCUUAAUAAGUCAUCUGUGGCAGCUCACAUUCUAUUGGCUGACAUAUAUAUAAGAGCAAAUAAAUACCAAAAGGCCGAAGAAGAAUUUGACAAAACUUUGACCAUGAGUAAUCUUCUAUAUGAACAGAAACAAGAGCUACAUCUUAGGUGGGCACAAUAUUUAAUGAGUUCUAGAAAGUCAGAGUCUGAAGCAGUAAAUCAUUUUAAGGAAGUGAUAGAGAUACAAAAUCAAACAAUAUUCAGAGAAUCUGCCAUCAGAGCACUGAAAAGCCUUGCAGAAACCAUGAUAUCCCAAAAUCCAAAGGAUGCCACUGGAUAUGGUUUGCUCGGGUUCAUCCACCAGCAAGAAAGACGGGACGUCACAGCACUGAAGAACUAUGAAAAGGCCCAUCUGCUGGACCCAGAUAGCGAAGAGUAUUCAGACGCUUGUGCUGCAUUGUAUGCCACAUUAUCAUAAUAUAACAUUGUUUUCUCAAGUUGGGAAAGGAGGAUAUAC